AAUCGGUCCAGUAACCCGCUGCCGAAGCUAAUGUGACUGGAGCUGUCUAGAAAAUAACCUAGGUUCGCCAGACCCAGCCUAGUUUGCGCGCCGUUGCUGCCCAUAUCUCUCUCUCUGCCUCGCUACCUGUGAUUCUGUCCAGCACACGGAAAGGACGUUGGGGAUGUUGGCAUCGAUCGUCAGAACUGAGGCUCGGUCUGCCGUUCUCAGAAGUAGUAUUAGACAGUUUAGAGCACCUCUCAAACUCACAGCUAUGGCGCCCGCAAGCAGACGGAGCAAUAGCUCCUCCCUCCCUGCCGGUUAUGUCGAGGACAAGUCCAAAGGCCCGAUGCUCCGGUUCCAGGACUCGCUGCCACAGCUGCCUGUCCCUACCCUCGAAGAGACGGCAGCACGCUACCUGAAGACCCUCAAGCCCCUCCUCUCCCCGGCAGAGCUCGCCACGAGCAAGAAGGCUGUGGAGGAGUUCAUCGCCCCCGGUGGACCCGGCCGCAAGCUACAGGAGAAGCUGAUUGCGCGGAGGGAGGACCCGAACUGCAGGAACUGGCUGUACGAGUGGUGGAACGACGCAGCGUACCUGUCGUAUAGAGACCCCGUGGUCCCGUACGUCAGCUACUUUUAUUCGCAUCGCGACGACCGGAGGCGGCGCGACCCCGCGAAGCGCGCGGCCGCCAUCACGACCUCUGUGCUCGAGUUCAAGAAGCAGGUCGACGCCGGCACCCUGGAGCCCGAGUACAUGAAGAAGCUGCCCAUCUGCAUGGACAGCUACAAGUGGAUGUUCAACGCCAGCCGCGUGGCGGCCAAGCCGGCGGACUUCCCGGUCAAGUUCAACCCGAGCGAGCACAAGCACAUCGUGGUCGUGCGCAAGAACCAGUUCUUCAAGGUCGCGCACGAGGUCGACGGCAAGCAGCUCAACACGUCCGAGCUCGAGGCCCAGUUCAGGCGCGUGUACGAGCUGGCGCAUCGGGCGCCCGCCGUCGGCGCCCUGACCACGGAGAAUCGCGACGUCUGGGCCGACGCGCGGGAGAUCCUCUUGGGCGCGGGCCCCGGCAACGCCAAGGCGCUGGAGGCGAUCGAGUCGGCGGCGUUCCUCGUCUGCCUCGACGACGCCUCGCCCGUGACGCUGGAGGAGCGCUCCCACCAGUACUGGCACGGGGACGGCCAGAACCGCUGGUUCGACAAGCCCCUGCAGUUCAUCGUCAACAACAACGGCACGUCGGGCUUCAUGGGCGAGCACAGCAUGAUGGACGGCACGCCGACCCACCGGCUGAACGACUACGUCAACGACGUCAUCUUCAACAACAAGCUCGACUUCUCCGACCCGACGGUGCGCUCCAACCUGCCGGAGCCGCAGGCGAUCAACUUCACCAUCACCAAGGAGGUGCAGGCCGAGAUCGACCGGGCGGUCAAGGACUUUGACAACGUCAUCGGCCAGCACGAGCUGGCGGUGCAGGCGUACCAGGGCUACGGCAAGGGCCUGAUCAAGAAGUUCCGCUGCUCGCCCGACGCCUACGUGCAGAUGGUCAUCCAGCUGGCCUACCACAAGAUGUACGGCAAGAACCGGCCGACGUACGAGAGCGCCGCGACCCGGCGCUUCCAGCUGGGCCGCACCGAGACGUGCCGCUCCGUCAGCGAGGCGAGCGUCGCCUUCUGCAGCGCCAUGGCCGACCCGGCGGCUGACGACCAGUCCCGCGCGGCCCUCUUCCGCAAGGCCGUCGACAGCCACAUCGAGUACAUCACGGCCGCGUCGGACGGCAAGGGCGUCGACCGCCACCUCUUCGGGCUCAAGAGGCUCCUGGCCGCCGGCGAGGACGUGCCCGCCAUCUACACCGACCCGGCCUUUGGCUACUCCAGCUCCUGGUUCCUGUCCACCUCCCAGCUCAGCUCCGAGUUCUUCAACGGCUACGGCUGGAGCCAGGUUAUCGACGCCGGCUUCGGCAUCGCGUACAUGAUCAACGAGAAUAGCAUCAACUUCAACAUCGUCUCCAAGGGCCUGGGAAGCAACAGGAUGAGCUACUACCUCAACGAGGCGGCCGGCGACAUCCGUGACCUCCUCGUGCCCACUCUCGAGCCGCCGAAGGCGAAGCUGUAAAAUGUUAGUUUUUGGCUUUUGGGCUAUCUUGGUUUUCGCAGGAAUAGAGACUAGGGUAAUUUCUUGGGCCUUGUUUGGACAUCAAGGGGAUUUGUCAUUUUCUGUUCCUCUUUUUUUUUUAGAGAAAAGCUCGCAUUUCUUGAAUCAUGAAGGCGCAUCGGGAAGACAUUAUGUGCAAGCGUGAUUUGGUAUCUGAUCUGAAAUUUGACUAUUUGCAGUCCUCCAACGAGGCUUGGAAGCAACGGCUAUAAAUGUUCUUUACACAAACCCGCACUACUGCACUGCUGCAGUCUCCAAGUACUCUCCCUGCUCGCCUUACUCAUACAACCGAUGGAAAAAAAG